UUUCAGCUGUCUCUCCUUUUUAACCACGGCGUCACAGGAAAAUUCUUGAAUUUCCAAAAAUAUAUAAUUUCCUUCAAGUUUCCUCUUGGACGUAAUUUGAAAAAUUCAAUAAAAGUGCAUUUUCAAUAUGGAAAAAAGACUUGAAGGGCCUAUGCGAGAGCUCCUCUUGGAUAUUUCCGACUCUGAAAAAAAUUGGCUUUACUAUUCAGUGGUAUCAUUUUUUGUUGUGUCUACAAUUGGUGCAACUAUAUUGACAAUGUCUUUUUUAGUUUUAUCAAUACUUUUGUGGAGACAUUUCAAAUCGAUGAGAUUCUUCUGGUUUCUAACUCAAUUAACAACAUCAGCUUUUGUAAUUUCUGCUGCAAAUUUGUUCAUCAACAUUCCAGCUGCACUAUCUUUAUUUUCGAAAGAAGUAACACAAUCACGAAUGUUUUAUUUUGUGUCUUAUCUAAUCGAUUUUUGUCAUUACUCUAUUCUUUUUUCAAAUUUGGUAAUUGCCGUCCAACGUGCUUUUGUAUUUUUUCUCCGGAAUUUGACGGAUAGGUUCUUCGAGUCAAAAGUUAUAUAUAUUUGGAUUUCAAGUAUCUACAUAUUUGCUUUUGGUGUGGAAUAUGCAUUAAUGUCUUCAAAUUGUCAAUAUCGCUUUGGUGAACUUGCUAGAAAAUACCAAUUGAUUUGUGAAACAACCAAUUAUGCAAAUGUCGUUAUCACAAUGACAACCCCUACCGAAGUUCAACUUAUGGAAACUAUGCUUCAAAUUUUCCUUCCUUUGUCUAUACUUAUCAUAUAUAUUGCCAUAACUGUCAAAAUAAUAUAUAUGAAAGGCAGCACACUGAGCAAAAACGAAACUCUGAUAUUAAAGCAAGCUAUUUUUGUAUUUUUAAUUUUUCAAGCAUCGUCUUGUGUGUUUUUAUUUGCUCAAUCUGUUCAAAUUACAAAUGUUGGAGCUUUUUUAGUCAAGCGUUUUGUAAAUACGAUGGAAAUACUUGCCGGUGCAGCCACACCUUCAUUUUUCUUUUUCACAUCGAAAGAAAUACGGAAACUUGUUUCCACUAGAGUUUCAGCUGUCAGCUCACAAGGACCGUCGAACAUACAAGUUAGAGCUGCGAGAACUUUGGAGUGAAACAAACAACAUAAUAUUGACGAACUUCCCCUCGGAAAUAUUCUGAUGAAAGUCGCGUUUUUUUAAAUGUUUUCCUUGAUUCAAUCUGACUUUUUCUGUUUAUAAAACUCAAUUUUUCUGUGUAUAAACUUUAUGUACUUA